GUUAAUUUUCAAGUUGUUAAUUUGUUUUUUUUUUUUUAUUUGCAAUGGCCGGAUCAUUACAGAGUAAUGCUGCUAUAUUCAAGAAAUCAAAUUACAUGUACGUUGCACCCAUGACACCUAACGAACUAAUUGAUUCAAGUAUGUUUGUAAUUGACUUUGUCAGUCGUAAAUUCUUAAACAUUGGAUUCGAUCCGAGCGAUAAUUUCAAACUUAUAAUUCGAAUCAUAACAUCUUCUCGCCAUAUUUCAAUAACACAUUGCUUUUUAAAACGAAUCUACUCUUUUAUGGGUAAUAUUUUAUCAAUGAUAUUGGACACACCGGAUGGAAAUAAAAAUCUUUUACUCUUCAUGGACGAAGUAAAUAAAUUAUCAAAAAUUAUUUAUCGCGGAGAAAAUAAUUUGGUCAUCGAAUCAAAAGUUGAAGAUGGUUGUCGCAAAAUGCUUAAUCGUGUGGAUCUCAUAGCUCUGCAGUACAUGGAAUGGGCUGUUUUUGAAACCUAUGUUGGAAAAAAUACAUUUGUUCACCCUAUGAUACUUCAACAAUUCAAUCAAAUAUCGGAUUACUUGAAAUUGGAUUUCAAACGUGGAAAAAAUAUCGAAGAAAUGGAAAAAAACAAUACAAAAUCUCAACGAUGCAUUGUUAUCAAGCUAUGAAUUAAACAGUCCAAUAAGAUUCAUCAGUCAACUGAAACUACUGGCCACAAGACAGCUAGCGGAAGAGACGAAACAAUACAGAGCUGUUUUCAUUAUUUCAAUGUUCGCCGUUAUCCCCUACUAUGUGUGAAAACACGAAUAUGCCAUCGUCUCCAAUUAACUCUCAGAUUGUUGAUGAAAACGAUAGCCCGCUGUAUUUCAACAGACCUUCAAUACCGACUUAUGCAGUACAAGCAACAUACAAAGUGAA